CUUCGUCGCGAACGGAACCGUAAACCAGUGUGGUUACGCAUUCUUUCGUAGUGGACAGAUAGAGAAAGAAAGAAAGAAAGAGAAAGAGCCAGAGGUAGAGGAGAGGAGAAAUCGACGAACGUGUACGUCGGGGAGCAUUUUGACGGAUACGCUAUUUGUCGUUGUUGGUGCCGUUAUUGCUACCACUGCCGUUAUCGAUGCUCACUCGCAUCGGCUACGACCGAACGGGAGUUUGUCCCUCUACACGCACGUAUAUUCUUAUCCCGAGGAAAACAACUUUGUAUCAGGGCAUAGUAGCGCGAUAAAAUCCGGUCUCUCAUUGACUGUCGGUGAUCCCAUUCGAUCGAACGAGCCGCGCGAGUAAUCACAGUUACCGAUCGAAUCGGUCGCCUCAAUUUGCGGUGUGCCAGUCCGAGAGCGAUGAUCGCGAUCGCGCGAACGUAAACGCCGACAGAGAGUACACGGUAUCGGGUGAAUUGUGUUGAGUGACGGAUCUCGUUGAACGUCGAGGGAACUCGACCCCGUCGAUCGUUCGGUGGAUUAAACGGAGGAUCCAGCGAUCGGUGCGAACGCGUGAAGAGGUGACCAGGAGGUAACGAGCCAUCUACCUAAGGGUUUAAACGCGCGACGAGAACGAAAGGAGGGUGGAUAAGGAGAUAAAGCAGCUGCCGGGAUGCGGCACGAGGAGCCGCUAAGCUGCAGCUAACACGUGGCGACUCCGCACGCACUCCGCGAUCGCUAGGGAAGCGUAUCUCAUCGUGAGAGGCUGGGACCUCCAGGAUGCCAGGGGUGUGGAGGUUGCUACGUAUGCUGAUCUAUAUGGUGGUUGGCUUUAAGAGCGUCGGUAGCAACGGCGAUAUUUGGCCACUGGAGAGGCCAGAGGGAAUGCCAGCCAUACAAUCUCUCGAAGUGAUGUGCGGAAAGGAUCACAUGGAUGUGCAUCUCUCGUUUUCCCAACCCUUUGAAGGGAUAGUCUCGUCCAAGGGUCAACACGCUGAUCCGCGAUGCGUCUACGUUCCACCGUCUACCGGGCAAACCUUCUUCUCAUUUCGGAUAGCCUACGCGAGAUGCGGCACCAAACCGGACAUGCAUGGACAAUUCUACGAGAAUACCGUUGUCGUGCAGUACGACAAGGAUUUACUAGAGGUCUGGGACGAGGCGAAACGAUUACGAUGCGAAUGGUUCAACGAUUACGAAAAGACUGCCUCGAAACCGCCAAUGGUGAUCGCGGAUCUGGACGUUAUACAGUUAGACUUCCGAGGCGACAACGUGGACUGUUGGAUGGAAAUUCAACACGGCAAGGGACCGUGGGCACCUCCGGUUUCCGGGAUAGUACCACUCGGAUCCACCCUCACACUGGUCGUCGCCAUAAACGAUUACCGAGGAGAAUUCGACAUGCGCGUGAAAUCAUGCGUGGCAUCGGACGGCGGAGGGCACACGAUACAAUUGAGCGACGAGUUCGGAUGCGUCCUCAGGCCGAAGAUGAUCAGCCGAUUCCUGAAGGCGCGAGGCUCCGACGACCGGGCAACAGUCAUCACUUACGCCUUCUUCCACGCGUUCAAGUUCCCGGACGCGUUGAGCGUGCACAUCAAGUGCAAGGUUGAGAUCUGUCGUCACGGGUGUUUGGAUCACUGUCAACUCAGUGGAUCUGUCGGCCACUACAUUCAAGAGCGAAAGGAUCAGAUACGACCGCAGUACCCGCAGACCACAGCACCGCCCAUAAUUCACAACAACGACGACAACAACAGCGCCGACAAGAAUAACGAAAACGUGGGAGGACCUGAUCAAGCUGACGCUUCCCAGUACGAUGAUAUCAUUCAAGAUGGUGAUGAGAUGACCUCGAUAGGAGGUCAUUUCUUGGGGGUCGAGAAGUCAGUUCCCAAGGCUCAAGCGCAGACGAGUAACCGGCUACCGGCGCCAGUAGUCGAGACACCGAACGAGGAAGCUCAACAGGAGGAUGGCGAUCUUUCGAGACCGUUCUUAGAACCACCGAGAGUGACGCGAUACGAGGUCGACCAAGAUCAAUUCCCGCACGGACCACGGAACCUCGAGGGGGACAGUGCCGCGAUACCGGUAACACCUCUCUCGUCUCCGAACGGUCGACGAAAAAGAUCGGUCGUAGUGUCCGAUAGGAAAAUCCGUAGCGCGGACGUCGGUGUUAGCGGUUUGUACGAGGUGAUCUCCGAGGCUGAUCUAGCCUUUAGCCCGGACACUCACGCGGAAGCGGUAACCGUUUUCCAAGGUAGAAUACGGGAGGAAGUGGUUUAUGGUAUCUGCCUGCCAAUGCCCGGUUUCAGCGCGUUGUUCAUCGUGGUGGCGCUUUCCGCGGUCAUUUCCGCUCUUGUCGCAGGCGCGAUGCUCCAUCGGCUGCAAGCGCAACGCGAGGCUGCCGACAGCAGAAAGAACAAUAGAGCAGUGCACUCGACCAACGGUUGGCUACCAUACGGUUUACUCCGCGUACGUUGCACAGCAAGACCAGCUCAUCCUGAACAAAUUCAACAAAAACAAACGAAUCCAGUCGCCACCAGUCCCGCGGUCGAGAGAGGUUGACGCGAUUCCUGGACUUUUACGCUCCGAUAGUGGCACGCGACUCUGUGUCUGACCACGAAAGACAAUGUGCAAUAAUACGCUGUACAAAGUAUUUUAAAUGCGUUCAAUCACGCGCGACAAUAUUUCGUUGACGAAUUAUGUCACGUUAAUUACGCGACACGUUCGUCUUUACCGUCGACAGACGACUUCUUUUAGGGGAGAAACUUAAGAUGUAGCUUACUUGGAGUGUUAAUUUUGGAAAAAGUAAAAGUGGUGCUGAACUGAGAAAAGAUAGAUGUUAAAUGUAUUGUCCUACAGUGAAUCUUUUAUUUUUUUUCUUUCUUAUUAUUACCAAAUUUUUCAGUCACCCUAUCUUAAAGCAUAACUUUUCUAUCUCCCCUACCACUUGAAAUUAGAGAAAUUGCAAUACUGUUUAACAUCUAUUGCUUCCUAACAGACCAGUCCACUUUCAACACCCUAAAUUCACUCUCCAGGUAAAUUAUAAUUCAAUAGAGAAAUCAUUGAGUUAUAAUUUAUUCAAACUCAGAGGCGGAUCUAGAUGCCUUGCUUGGAGGGGAUGAAAUAUAUAAAAAUAUAUUUUUAACUAAUAGUAGUCUAAGUAAUCAAUGAAUUAUUUAUGCAUUACUAAAAGCAAAAUAAUUACAGUACAUAUGACUAAAUAAUUUAUUUUAUUAAAAUAGAGGUAUAAAAAACGUCCCAUCUCUACCCCUCUGGAUCCACCUCUGCCUAGACUCAAUUGGGAGAUACUAUCUCCCUUUGUGAGACGAACUUUUCAGUAGAUUCCCGAUAAAGACGGUUUUUUUUUUUCUAUCAAUGAAUUUCGUACACGAAAACAUUGUAAUUAUUAUUUGUUUUUCUUUUUAUCUUUGAGAGGCAAUUGUUGGUAUUGGGUAAGUAAGGAGCAUAAUCACGAUAAUUAUUCGUUCUAGGAUGAAUUCGAAAAAGAAGAGAGAUAUUCAACGGAACGGUGUAAUACACUGUGGAUAUUGUAAAAAUAUCUAUUUUUUUAUAACGUUGCGAAUGAUAUUGUUAGGAAACUUUGAUCGAUAUUAGAUUGAUCGAGUCAAAGACAAAUAAUGGGGGAGGAGGCGCUGCUUUUGAUACGUAUCUUUUUCUUUAGAUAAUUAAACAACGAGAAGAAACGUAUUGAUAUUUUUCUACGAGUCUGUAGAAUACGAACUGUCGCGAUUUAUGAGAUUCUUUUUUAUUCUCUACGUAAAUCGUAAUAACGUGUUUCAUAUAUUCACAUCUGUAUUUAAUAUUGAGUUAACUAGAGGUGCUGCUAACGAGUGUAUAACAAAAAUAAAAUCAAGCAACAUAAAAUAUAAGAAAAAUUAAUAAUACGUCGAUAUAGGAAUUACUAAUUAAACGUAUGAAAUUUUAUAAUCUGUAUGUAUUCCAUAAAUUUUUACUCAAAACGUUUCUUAAAAAUCAGGAUAUUUAUUAUUAAACAAAUAACAAUAAAUAUCUUUUCCAGAUAAAAUAAAAAUGAUUUCUUUAAUUGCAGAAAUUCAAUAUUACUCUAAAUUUUCAGUCAUUUUAACAUAACGUUAAAAUAUUUCAUUUUUGCUCAAAAUGUACACUAAGUAAGAAUCUUUUUAUAUCUUUUUUUUUCUAUUUUUAUAGUUUAUAGUUAAAAUCAGUCGAAAGUAGUUAAAAUAUACAAUUAAAAUGUAUAAAGUAGAUUUUUAAGUACUCGUCAAUGUUUGACGUACAAAAAAUCGUGAAAUUAGUAAUUCGUACAGAGCGUGUAUCGUAAACGUGACUCACCCUUAACCGCCAUUUUGAGCUCCCGAAGUUCCAUGUGCAACGAGUCAGCUUCCAACAUCUCGAUGAUAAAUGAGGAAGCAAUGAUGAUCCAUGUUAACCCAUUAUGUCACAAACUGUAAAAUAAUUUACUAUAUUAUUUUACUUUAAAACAGUCUUGACGCUAAGUGAAACAUAAUACCCGGCUUUAUCGCGUAUUUAAACGACACGUUGAAACCGGCGCAAUGACGCUUUUACGAAGCGCUACACGAAACGCGAAAUUGACUCAUCCCGCGAAUAAAUCAAGAUAACCGAUAGCUUAUACAUACGAACGCAAGUUUAUAUUACGUUUAUUGAUACAUUAAGUAUGAUAAAAGCGCAUAAUACUUACAUUUUUCUGAAGAAAUAGGUGACUUCGAAGGGACGCUAGAUGCACCACCACGCGACAAUUCGAUAAUGAUUUGCCGCGUUCGAUUAUCGUUCCGUAUCGAGAUGCACGUUAGCGACGAUCGCGCUAACUAUCGACGCCAAAUGAAAAUAUUUGACAAACAGCAUCUCUAAAAGUAGCCUUAAAGAGGCUGAAUGUAACAGCUUUUUAAGAAUAGAAAUAUCGUAUAUAUAAUAUUUUUGAGGAAACUUAAAGAUGCUACUGUCAAGCUCAAAUCUCUAUCGUUUUCAAAUAUGUAUAUCGUUAGGUUAGGAUAAGACCGAACACUUUGAUCUAUUUAACCUUUCGUUGACACC